GGUUUCCGGUUACUGAGAGCAGCUGGAGACAAGAUGGCGGUGUCCGGGGAACCUGUCAGGCUGGAGAGAGAUAUCUCCCGGGCCAUCGAGCUGCUGGAGAAGCUCCAGAGAAGUGGAGAAGUUCCCCCACACAAGCUGCACGCCUUGCAGAGAGUGCUGCAGAGUGACUUCUGUACCGCCGUGAGAGAGGUCUAUGAACAUGUUUAUGAGACGGUGGACAUCAACAGUAGCCCAGAAGUGAGAGCCAAUGCCACUGCUAAGGCUACGGUGGCCGCUUUUGCAGCCAGCGAAGGACAUUCUCACCCUAGGGUUGUUGAACUCCCUAAAACAGAAGAAGGACUCGGAUUUAACAUCAUGGGAGGAAAAGAGCAGAACUCCCCCAUCUAUAUUUCUCGUAUUAUCCCUGGUGGAAUAGCCGAUAGACACGGAGGCCUGAAGCGUGGAGACCAGCUGCUGUCUGUUAAUGGAGUGAGCGUAGAAGGCGAGCAUCACGAGAAAGCUGUCGAGCUCCUGAAAGCAGCCCAAGGAAAGGUAAAGCUAGUGGUCCGGUACACCCCUCGCGUCCUGGAAGAAAUGGAGUCUCGCUUCGAAAAGAUGAGGUCGGCGAAACGCAGGCAGCAGAACUAGAAGGACGCACAAUGGGCACGCAAGACACAAACUGUUCUGUAUCACUGUAGAAUAAAUGACGUUCCCCUGUGAACUACCAAUACAGUGCACGUUCUAGAUUCAGAGCCGCAGCCGAGAAUCCAGAACCAUACAGAUGCAACACGAAUGUUCACACGUUUACAGGGCAGUUUUUAAUUGCCCUCAUUUUUUAAAGUCAACGUCAGAAAAAGGCAUUUUUAAUAUGGUGAUGUAAUUACACAUUUGUAAACUUUGUGCUUUUCCUAAGCUUAUUCUGCAGCCGAUCCAAUCCGGGUUCAUUAGGGAGGCUCCAUAAAGGAUGUGGCUUCACAUUGGAUCUCGUGUAUUAGGGCAGCAACAUUCCUCAUUGAAGGUCUCACUACAGGCAGAAAGGAGACCAUACAUCACCAUAAUGCGGUGCUUUCUAAAUCCCAUCAUCUCCCAUCGAUCAGCCUUAGGAGAAGACAACGUGACCUGCGGCUUCCCACUUGUUUGAUGCUUAUCGUUCCCUAUCCAACUGUUUGCAUAGAUACGUAGCUGUGGUUCACCUGAUUAAAACACUGUUUUGCUUUAGCGGAUCCGUAGCAGAAUUAUGAUGCUUUUUCGUAAUAUGUGAAUUAGGCAUUCAGUGCAAUGAGGGCAUCACCGUUGCUCUUGUUGCAUCUGAGCUCCACUCCUUGCUGUGGCCAGCCCCUUCCUUUCUGCUUUGAUCUACAGGGCAGAGCAGCGAGGGUGGAGGGGCUGACCACAAAAAGGAGCAGAGAUUGGGUGCGACGAGCAAUGGUGACGCCCUUGUUGCACCAAAGGCAAGGCAACUCGGGAACAGAGCCUCAGAUCAACAAAAGACAAAUGGUGUUUUAAUCAGGUGAACCUCAGCUAUGUGUCUGUGCAAGCAGUUUGGUGACGGAUUCCCUUUAAAGGAGGAUUGUGAACAUAACAUUUUAUAUGGUGUGAUGGUUAAAGGGGACCUAUCAGGAGCUACGUUCUGCCCAUACCACAGGCAGCUUGAAAUCCUGGCAAGGUCCCUGGGUACGAACGGCUACGUUCUAUUCCGAAACCCUGCCGAAUUUCAGAGGAGCAUAGUUUAGGAUGAGUCAGGAAUGAGGAGAAGGGCAGCUUCCCGGAGGGGUCUCUCUGCCUGGCCUCACUGACAGGUCUCACCCUAUACACAAAUAGCCUAACACAUGUCAAUUAAGCAGAGCUGAGUGGGGGAGCCACCCCUGUAGCGUUCCAGAAUAGAGCAUGGUUGUAAGCUGGGACCUUGUCCGGAUUUCAUGCGGUCUGUGGUUGGGGCAGAAUGUGGCUUAGUAUAGGUUUUCCAACCCCAUCAAAUUGUCAGCCGUUUGUUAAAAAAACAAAAAACUGUGGGUUUAAAUAACCCCCUUUAAAGGUUAUGAACACUAUGAUUUUUUUCAUAUUUUUAAUUUUUUUUGCAUUAUACUUUUUGUUCUAAAAUAUCACUUUUUUCAGUUGGUCUUCCUUUAAAACUGAAAAAUCUAUAGCCCUUAUCUCUGAUUUCCUGACAGCUCUAUGGCUUAAAUGAGUGUUUUUGAGUUGUCAGGAGUUCAGAGAUAAAGGCUAUACAUAACUCUCAGCUCACUGAAGCUAAGAUACUUUGAAAUUUAACCCUGUAGGACAAAAACUGCUGACAUUUUUGAAUAAAGACCAACUGAAAAAAUAUAUAUAUUUUUAGCGCAAAAUUUGUAAAAUGCAAUCAUUAUAAAAAAUGCCCUUUAAAGGUGUUCAUAGCCUUUGAAAGUGAUGGUGACGUAUAUGCAUGUUCCUGUGCUCCUCCUGCCCAUGUAGUGCAAGGCGGUUUAAGUCGUACAUUUUGCAAAUCAAAUGACGCACACGAGCCACUGUCUCCCAAAAGAGUAAAUGACAAACUGGACCCUGCUACACCAGUAUAGUUCUAGCAGAAAAAUUUACCAAUUUACCAUUCAGACAGACUUCCCCUAAUAAAAACUAAGUUUUCCUGUUAUCAGCGCUCUGGCCAUUGGGUACGCACACUCCCUUCUUUGCUUAGCGAAUCUAAUAAUAUGGGAUAUUCGUUUAAAGAACUAUAAAUCCAAAUUCCAGUUCAUCUCGAUAAAAGCAGGAAACGGGUGGAACAGGAAUGAAGGUGGAUGUGUCACCAGUUUAGCCAGUCUGAUGCAACAGCUCUCUCUCUCGAGAGAGAGAGAGAGAACAUCCUGCUGGCUCGGAACGAGAAAGGGGUUAAUAUCCAACCUGUUAUGAGAGAGUGGGAAAGAACAUUGCCCCUGUUGUAAAGGGGUCGGCGUAUUCUGUCAAAUAGCACAAUGUGUGUGUUUAAUUAGACAAAUCCGUAGAAAUUGUAUGUACAUCCACUGUACUUUUUAUACAAACUGCAGUUCGCAGUUCUGGCCACCAGAUGUCAGCCUUGUGUCAUGCAGCGACACUGCCAUAGAACUGGAUCGCUGCUGCUGGGUUUCCAAUAUCUUUUUUUUUUUUUUUCCAGGUUCAUUGCUCAAUGUAGAGUUUCAUCCUUGAUGUAAUAUAUGAAUAACGUACAAAAUGCUCAACUGCUUCAUUUCUAGGUCAACAUUGUCAACCAAUUUUAGGCUUAUUAAUGAUAUAUUCGUAUGGGACGUCACGGGGGCCACGCUGUGAACUGGACAAAGAUUGCUUGUAAAAUGGUUGUCUUCACCGUACGUGUAAGUGUACUACUAUAAAGUUGGGGUUCUACAUUUUUGCAUCUCAUUGACUUAGGGCAUUUAAGGGUUAACUCAUGAGCUAUGAGGACAUAUAGGGGAAGAUUUCUCAAAACUGGUGUAAAGGAAAACUGGUUUAGUUGCCCAUAGCAACCAAUCAGAUUCCAAAUGGAAUGUAAAAGGUGGAAUCUAAUUGGUUGCUGUGGCCAACUAAGCCAAUUUUCCUUUACGCCAAUUUUAAUAAAUCUCCCCUAUAGAGUUCACUGCACGGUAUAUGUCAAAUGUGUCCAUAAGCCUCCAAAAGGGCGUCCUUUGACCUCUGUCGGACUGGUAUACAUUGGUACCUUUUUUCGUUUAGCUGUAUGAAUAGAGCAGCAGACUACGCUAUUCGAUAGAGGCACCCCGCAUGUAUAAGUAUACUGCGCAGUAUCUGUUUUUUACCAUGGGAGCCUAUUGGCAGUGUAUAGCACUGUAUGGUCGUACAGGGGCAUAUGUCUGAGGCAUCCAUCGAUGGCGUAGGCUGGGAAAUCCGCCAACACUGUAAACGCUCCAUGAACUGACCUCGACAGCUCCUGCACAGACGGACACUAAACCAAUCCCUUUAGUGAAUAUUCAGGUUUAUAUCAUAAGUAAGUCGCUGUAAAAAUGACUUCAGAUCAGUUUUAAAAUGCAAAACUAAAACCAUUUUAAUGGAUAGAACAACAGAUUUUCCCAGCGGGGUGCAAUGCACUUUCAUUACCACUAGAUGGCAGCUGUGUUUGCAUACAGUGUAGACGUAACUCUAUAUUCUGCCAUGUGAUUUUUUUUUUUUUUUGUGGUAUCAUAUGUUUUACUGGAAGGUACGGCAUGUAGCGGAGAUAGACGUCCGUGUACACUCCACUUCAGUGAGAACACUAUCAUCUUAAAUUCCAGCCGCUGUCCUUAAGGCCGAGUACAGGGGCUGGUGAAUCAUUCCAUAGAUGUAGCUUCCAAUCUUUUAUAGAAGUCUUAACCUUCCUUCAAAGUAAAGCACAGUCACCACCACAACGUUUUCAUCCGUGUUUCUACAACUUUGGUUACGAUAAUCGGAUUAGAUGAAUUCAGUUUAGGAAAAUCUGAAUGCUAUGGAACAGCUUAGAGGGAGUCCCUUCUCUGCUUACCGCUCCAUGUCAGUCUCGGUGAAUGUCCACCUUUUAGCAUUUUAUUCGCUGAUUAAUAUCAUUACCACUUACCAGCGGUCAGUCACUGUCCGCCUGCAGCCACCACUAGGGGGAGCUUUCUGCAUACUGUUUUAUAUUAAUGAAUCCAAUGCAGAAAUCAUAUGUAUUGAGCUCCCUCUAGUGGUAGGCAUGCGUCGGUGGAAUUUUAUCAUUCAAAGGGUCGACCAAGAAUUUAAUAAAUGAAAGUAUCUACAGGAAAUGCAAAAAAAUGAACAACCCGGCUAUUACUGACCUGUCAAAUUCAGAUCCAGCGCUGAUUCCCCAGUGGUCGCUGGUGGUCUUUGUUUGCUUUUCCUGCAGCACAUGACCACUGCAGCCAAAAAAACAAAAAAAACGGAAAUUGUGUUCAGUGGUGGACAUAUACUUUAGGCUGGAGCAACUUUGGCUGUGAAACGUGUUGAGCGGCCAAAGGCUGCAGCAGCGUAAUUAAAGAAUAUGGGGUCACGCUGCCACCCACAGAUUGCCGUGCCACGACAAUCACAAGAAAUCCAGCAGGUUUGGAUUUCUUGAGACUGUCGGCUUGUGGUGACUUGCGGGUCUUGAUCUUCUAAGGGUUGAGGUCUCAGGAAUAUGACUUCCAACAUGCUACUGCCCCCCAAGCCACCGACAUCUCUGGAGGAAACAAUCAUUUGUAACUACAGUUCCUUUUAUAAACAAUCGAUUUCUAGAUGUUCUUCAACUAUUCAUGAAGAGGGUUUUCUUAUCACCGGCCUAAUAAUAUAUCCUGCGGAAGCGCAGAUUAAUGUAAGUGAUGUCUUGCGUUCUGCACAGAUGAUCUGUGGUAGGUCUGCUUUGCUGUUGUGUGGUGUAUAUAUGUGUAUAGAGGAGCUGCCCGUCGUGGUAGUGCUGGUACCUUGGUGCUUCACAUGUAAAGUGGUCACUCGGGACGGUUUUAUUUCUGCAGAUAUACGGUAUAUCAUUUUUCUUUUGUUACACGGACACCAUUGUAAUGUACAUGUCUGCAUUUAUAUGUGAUAAAUAUGUAGAAUAAAUAUGUGAUCAUUGAAUUACUAACGGUU